AUUGAAAAACCAUAAAUGGACUCCUCUGGAAGUAGGAACAAGAACAAUCAAGAAGUUUGGUCAUCACCUUCAGAUCCUAUAUAUUUUGAAGUAGAUGCUUCUCAAGAAAAAUUAGAAACCAUGUCAAAAGCGAAUGCCAUGAAUUUCAGCAGGCUUUCUCAAAACUUAACUCACUCAGAUUCUCCCUACUCUAUGGAAACCAUCAGUACUACUUCAAACUUUCCUCAGAAUGAAAUAAAGAAUGUAAAAAAGGAAAAUGAGUCUAAACUCAUACUUUCUGAAGAAAUUUAUAGCACACUAGAUGAUUUGUUAGGUGAUGUCAACAAUGGAAAUUACUCACAGGAUGUACUAACUCAGCCAACUGACACCAGAAUUUCUUCCUUCAGACAAUGUGAACCCAUUUCCAAAUACCACCAGACAAAAGCAUUUAAUGAUGAAAUGAUAACAUUUCAAAAUCUGACAGGUGGCUUACCUUACACAGAGAAGCCAGAAUUGCAAAAUCAUGUAUAUAAUUAUGCAAAAGACAACAAUAUAAAGGAAGAUUCAUUGAGGGAAGAAAAUUCAGUGGGAACUAACACUUCCACAAAUGAAGACCAACUUGCUCAUGAAUGUGUCAGGCGACCUAGAAGCCCGCCUGUAAUCCACUGCAAUAUAGAGACACUGAAAUUCACGGAAAUGUCCCCGCCUAAAGAUACUGCCGAGGAAUCUACCCUCAACUCUAGUCAACCUGAAAACUUUUUGUGUAAUGAAUAUGUACACAGCAAUAUUGAAAACCCAUUUUAUAAAGAGAAUAGCUUUAACCUGUAUGAUCUGAGAGCUGAUUAUAAAACAAAAGAGGUUUCAGUUUCUUCAAAAGCGACACAGAAUUCUGGGGAGAUUCCUGAGAUGUCAGUCAAUCACCAAGAGGAAGUCGCAGUGGAGGACAUGGAGAGUCCAGAUAUUGUGUCAACUCAUUCUCCUGCAGGCAUUUCUUGGAGUGGUGCAACAUCUUGGGAGGACUGCAAGGCACCUGACAUAGAGCAAAACUUGGGAAACUUACAACCUCUGGAAGAGGAUAUGGCUUUAAAUGAAAUCUUACAGAAAUUAAAACAUACUAACAAAAAGCAGCAAAUUCUGAUCCAAAAUCUGCAGUGUACUAACAUGUAUUUAAAGAAGAAGGUUGAAGAACUACAGGUGAAGACUAACAAGCAGCAAGUGUUUGUUGAUAUCAUAGAUAAGCUAAAGGGAAAUAUCGAAGCAUUAAUUGAAGACAAAUACAGAGUAAUGCUAGAGAAGAAUGAAACCGACAAGACAUUGCAGAAUUUGCAUGACAUUUUAACUAACACCCAAAAACAUCUUCAGGAAUCUAGGAACGAAAAGGAAACCUUACAGGUAGAGCUGAAGAGGAUCAAGGGAAAUUAUGUUUGUCUACAGGAAAGGUACAUGACUGAAAUGCAAGAAAAAAACAAAACUGUUUGUCAGAACAUAGAGAUGGGCAAAGCCUUAAGCAAGAAAGAAGAAGAGGUAGAGAGGCUGCAGCAACUCAAAGGAGACUUGGAAAACACCACCACUUCUGCUUUGGACUUACUGAAAAGGGAAAAAGAGACCCGAGAACAAGAGUUUCUGUCUUUACAGGAAGAAUUUCAGAAACGUGAAAAGGAAAACCUGGAAGAAAGACAGAAACUGAAAUGUAGACUUGAGAAAUUGGUAGCUCAAUUUAAAAAUGUGCAGUUUGUAUCUGAAAGUGAAAGGGCUAAGAAUACAAAACUUCAGCAGCAGAUCAACGAAGUAAAAAACAAAAAUACGAAACGUCAGCAGCAGGUUGCAAGGAGUGAGGAGCAAAAUUAUGUCCCUAAAUUUGAGCUAGCUCAGUUAAAGGAGCACUUAGAGGAAGUAAUGAAGUCAGAUGUCACAAAGGAUGCAAAGAUGAUACAUUCUGAUUUGUUCCUGAAUUGCUCACCUUGUGAAGAAGAAAGCCUGAAUCCCCUAGAUGUGAAAAGGACUUCUCAGCAGGCCUUCAAAAUUCACUAUCUUCUGGCUCAGUUGGCAAGACUUCUCACAUGCCAGGACAUCAGCAAUCCCGAUGCUGAACAUGUCAAAGAGAGUGAGAAAGUUAGCGAUACAAUGCUACAAAAAUUGAAGAGCUUUCAUCUUAAAAAGAAAAAUUUAGAUGAAGAGCUACAGAAACAUAAAGACAGAAUCGCAACUUUUAGAGAGUUAAUUGCUAAUGAAAAAGCAUUUCAAGAUCAGGUUAUUAACGUUACCGACUUUGAUUCAAAUGAAGCCAAGAAUGUCAAAGAUGCACCUACCCUGUUGGGAGUCAAACUGGAUAGGUACCACAGUCUAAAUGAAGAGCUUACUAUCUUGAUUGAAAAAUUGGGAAAACUUCUAGAGUCAAAAGAAGACCACUGUUCCAGACUCACUGAAGAAAAUGACAAGUAUCAAAGACAUUUAGGAAACUUAACAAAUAAGGUUACAUCCUAUGAAGAAAUCAUUGAAUGUGCUGACCAACGGCUCAAGAUAUCUCACUCCCAGAUUGCACAGUAAGUUGAAAAA